CAAAAAACUACGUGCGUUCAUUUAUCUAUGACUCUGCUAUAUUUCGAAUAAUUUCUGACGCAUACACACCAUUUUUCAUUCUCUCUCGUCGCCGUGCUCUCUCUCAUCGCCGUAUUCUAAUUUCCAAACAAGAGAGAGAGAGAGAGGCUAGGGAGGAUUUUCAUUAAUCCUGUUUUGGUCUUCUAAUUUCUCAAGAUGAAUGACCUAUUGACGGAUUCUUUCGUGAUCUCGAGGGAUCAAUCUCGCAAAAACCGAGAUAUUGAAUCGGGAUUGAAUAGACAGAUGAAUUCGGGAGAAAUAGGGUUGGAAACUUUCUUUAAUCAGGUUCAAGUGAUUGAGAAACAAUAUGAGAAACUCAAUGCACACCUGAGAAAGCUUCAAAAUUCUCACGAAGAAUCGAAGGCCAUCACCAAGGCUGCAGCUAUGAAAGAAAUCAAGCGAAAAAUGGAGAAGGAUGUUGAUGAGGUCGGAAUAAUCGCCCGUUCUAUCAAGUCAAAGAUUGAGGAACUCGACAGACAGAACUUAGAGAGUCGGAAAAAAGCCGGAUGUGGACAAGGGUCCGGGAUAGACAGAUCAAGAACAGCUACAACAGUGGCAUUGAAGAAAAAGUUCAAAGAUAGGAUGUCCGAGUUUCAGACUUUACGAGAGGAUAUACAUCAAGAGUAUCGUGAAGUCGUCGAGAGGCGUGUGUUCACAGUGACCGGCACUAGGGUUGAUGAACAGACAAUUGAUAAACUGAUAGAGACUGGGGACAGUGAGCAGAUCUUUCGGAAAGCAAUCCAAGAACAAGGCCGUGGACAGGUGUUGGAUACUCUAGCAGAAAUCCAAGAACGACAUGAUGCAGUUAGAGAUCUAGAGAAAAAGCUUCUCGAUUUGCAACAGAUAUUCUUGGAUAUAGCAGUACUGGUGGAUGCUCAAGGGGACAUGCUCGAUAACAUAGAAUCACAGGUUUCAAAAGCUGUAGAUCAUGUGCAGAGAGGCACCAACACUCUUCAGAAGGCUAAGAGUCUGCAGAAGAACUCCAGAAAAUGGAUGUGCCUUGCAAUUUUCAUUUUUCUAAUUAUUGUUGCUGUCAUGGUUGUUAAUGUCCUCAAGCCAUGGCAGAACAAAAAUGGUGCUUAGCUCUUAACAACUACUGUUAUUUAUGAUCAUAUAAACACAAUUGUUUCACUUACUUUUAUUUUUCCUUUUGGGAAAUAUACUAUAUUGCUUCAG